AUGCCCUCUAUGAUAACUAAACCCCAGAAAAUUGAAGAGGAAGAAUCUGAAGAAUUUGAAUUGGAAGGAGAAACUAAGAGUGAGUUUGAGGAAAAAAAAUUAGAGAACUGUCUUUUCAGAUACUUUGAGGAUAAGAGCCAAAAUUUUUACUACCACCAAAAUAGAGUUAAAGUAUCAAUAAGGGAUGUCGAUGAUAACUCUGCUGUUACUCAUAACAACAACUAUAAACAAGGGAAUGAAGGUUGCUCUGAUAAUGAGUCAGAAGAGACUUAUGAGUUUUUAUUUAAUGAUGUUGAAAUUUUCUGA